AUGCAGCCAACGCCGACGGUAGGGGAUACGAAGAGCUUACUGUCUAGAGCAUCUAAGACUUCUAAAGGAGAGACCAAGCAGCUAGUCGGCGACCUCCAAACCAAGCUUGACGAGACGACAGCAGCACUAGAUGCAAAGACACGAGCCGUCGAUUCGCUCGAGGAACGUGUCCGGACACUCUCUUCGUCGCUGGAGGCAGCGCAAGCAGAGUCUAGCAACGCAGAUGCAGCCUUGCAAGCUGCGGAGGACGCAAAAGCGAAACUCCAAACCGACCUGGCUGAAGCGUUGAGACGCUCUGACGAUGCGCGGCACGACCAUGCGGAACAGUCUUCUCAGCUCGAGGAUGCCCGACGGCAGGUCGCUGAGUCGAUGUCGACGCUCGAGACAGAGCGCGCAGCACGUCUCUCGACUGAGCAACGCCUGAAGUCGGUCGAGGAAGAUCGCGACAAGCUGAAAACACAGCAUGGCCAAGACGAGGAAGUCAUCGCAGCCAGAGACGCGGCAAUACAGGAAGUAACUCGGCGGCUGCAAACCUUGGCCUCAGAGCUGACCACCACGCGCGACGAGCGAGAUGCGCAGUCCGACCGCGCAGCGGAUCUUGAGCUCGACCUCUCCAUCGUGACGAAGGAGCGCGCGGAGCUAGACCGACGAAGCGAGGACUACCUCUGCCGUGUGAAGGCGCUCGAGGCAGAGCUAGACAAGGCGGCGGCGGCUAUGGAGGAGAUGGCCAAUACGGUCGAGGCCAAGGAAGUCGACCUGCAGGCAGCGCGGGAAGACUCCCGCAGACUCUCCGAUGAGUUGGACGCCACCCGCGUUGAGUCGGCGGGUCGGUCGAUGCAGGUUGAAGAGCUGGCGGCUGAACUCGCCAGGAGCGCUGAUGCGCUUGACCAGGCGAAGGGCAGGCUCGUGCCGAUGCCGAUGCGCACCUUCGCAAACUCGAGGAGCUUGAGAAACGUCACGCACAGGGCUACGCUGAACUCGAGGGACAGGUUGAUAAGCUGGCAGCCGAGCUCCAGUAUAUGCAGUCGCAGGAAGAGAGCCAAGAGCGCGAGCUCCGGGAUGUUCACGCCUCACAUCAGAAAGAGAUCGACACAUUCGUCAACGAGCGCGAUGAACUCCAACACCGGUGAAACGACACUUCAGGAGCUGCAAGCUGAGUUGUCUGAGGCGGAGGGCGCUCUUGGGUCUGCCCUGCGGGAACUCGAUGCCGCCAAGGUUCAGCUGGAGGAAGCUGGUCAGCGAACGGCAGAGAUCGAGCGGGCGAAAGCUGAAGUCAUCGAAGGACUGUCCGCGGACUUGUCACACGCUCGCGAGUCUCAAGCCGCCCUUCGGGAGACCUUCCUUGCCACAGAUCGCCAUGCGAAGGAGCUGGAGAGCACCGCCCGGGCCCUUCAGGACGAGAUCCGACGAGCUGUCCGAUUGCUCGUCGAUAAGGCUGACAUGCAACGCAAAGCCGACGCUGCGUACUCGAGGGUCUCCGAGCUAGACCAGAUGGUCGAGGCCGGCGGCGUACAGAUCACUCAGCUGGAGAGGGACAGAGGAAGCGUACGCAGAGUGCAAGGCAGCGCUAUCCCACUCCUCGCAAAGGGCCAGGGCGUUGCAAAUGGAGUCCGACGCGAUCCGUCAAAAGAGCCUGGCCUCCGAAGGGAGAAAGAGCAGACAGUCGCUCGCCUUUCCGCCGAGCUCUCCCGGGCGUCGCAGCAGGCCAAGACGCUACAGACGGAGUUGGAUACCGUGCGCCCACGCCUCUCCGCGGCCGACGAGAAGGACCAGGAGAUCGCACGACUGUCCAAGGAGCUCGCCGAUGUCCGCGAGGCGCGGAACGCCCUAACCAAGAAGCUCAACACGAGCAACGAGCAAGCCCGUCGUCAUCUCCUGCAGGCCGAAGACAGCAACAAGAAGCGGGCGGACGAGGCCAAGCAGCUCCGCGCGACGCACCAGGCUGCCGUCGACGAACUCCAUGGCAAGCAUAGGUCAGCGCUGCAGCAGCAGGUAAAGCAGUCCCUCCAGGAAAUCGAGAAACGAGACGCUGAGCUCCGCGCGGUUCGUGGCGACCUUGCGGCCGCAAAUGCAGCUCUUGCAUCGGCUAAGCAAGACGUCAACACCUUGAAGGCGACGCUUGAGAACUACCAGCACAGCACUGGCUCGCUCGAUCGUACAAAGGACGGGAUCAUUGCGCAGCUUCACAAUGACUAUCAGGGGCAGAUAGCCGCAUUGGUGGCGGAGAAGGAGGAGGUGAUGCACCGCUGGAAUAUACAGAUCCGUGAGCUACGGGAGGAGCACGCUCUUCUUCUGCACGGCGUGGGUCGAAGAGAGCGCGUUGCCCGCGGCGUGGCUGCUGGACUCGGAGUCGCUGGAGCGAUGUUGACGCAUUUUCUCUUCUGACUAUCUAAGCC